GGCUGAUAAUAAACCUCUAAUUUCUAGUAUUGUCUAGAAUUUAAAUAUUCAUAGCACAAAGAGCAAAAAGAAUUUUCUUAAGCUGAAGAAGAAGUGGGUUGCUUGCUGGAGACGAGUAAGAGAGAGCGUGGAGAGAUGGCUUGCAUAUCAUAUCCUCCAUUUUCAUGUUCUUCAUCAUCCUCAGCACCCAAACCCAGUUCCCUUUCAUGGUCAGCUUCCUUUCCCAAGCUUCCCAUCUCCUUGUCUGUAAACAAUUGCAGCUCUGCUAGUUCUCUUUCCUCACUUAACAAGAAUUCUUUCAUUCAAGCUGCUUGGACCAGGAGAUCUCGGGGUGAGGCUGCAAAGAGGCCUAGUAGGAAAUCAUGGAAACAAAGAACAGAUAUGUACAUGAGGCCGUUUUUACUGGAUGUUUUCUUUUCAAAGCGAUUUGUACAUGCAAAAGUGAUGCACCGGGGAACCAGCAAAGUGAUAUCAGUUGCCAGUACAAAUGCCAAGGACCUCAGGUAUACAUUGCCAUCGCUAACCGAUGACAAUGCCUGUAAAGUUAUAGGCAACCUGAUUGCAGAAAGAUCCAUGGAAGCUGAUGUAUAUGCAAUGUCAUUUGAGCCGAAGAAGAACAAGAGAAUUGAGGGUAAGCUUGGGAUUGUCCUGGAUACCAUCAAAGAAAAUGGUAUCAUAUUUGUUUAGAACCUAUAACACUAUUCUUAAGCCUGAUUUCAUGUAGUUGUAACUUAUAAUUUGUUAGUAUUAGUUUUGUUUUGUAGUU